AUGUCUCACGAGGAAGAUCUCAUCGACUACUCCGACGAGGAGAUCCAGACCACUGAUGCGCCCGCCAACGGCGGCGCAGCUGCGAACAAAGGUGGCCUCACCGCUGGUGACGCUGCAGGCGACAAGAAGGGCAGCUACGUCGGCAUCCACUCAACCGGUUUCCGCGACUUCUUGCUCAAGGACGAGCUCGUACGAGCAAUCACGGACUGUGGCUUCGAACAUCCUUCCGAGGUCCAGCAAGUUACCAUCCCCCAGGCCAUCCUAGGAAACGAUGUCCUUUGCCAGGCCAAGUCCGGUCUCGGAAAGACCGCCGUCUUCGUUCUCGCAACCCUCCAGCAAAUGGACGAGAAGCCUGAGGCAGGUGUUGCGACCAUCCUGGUCAUGUGCCACACCCGUGAGUUGGCCUACCAGAUCCGCAAUGAGUACAACCGCUUCGCCAAGUUCUUGCCCGACGUCAAGGUCGGUGUCUUCUACGGAGGAACUCCUGUCCAGAAGGACGUCGAGCUCCUCAGCAACAAGGACACUCACCCUCACAUCAUCGUCGGCACCCCCGGUCGAAUCAACGCCCUCGUCCGCGACAAGUAUCUCCGCCUCGCCAGCUUGAAGCACUUCGUCCUCGAUGAGUGCGACAAGAUGUUGGACCAGCCCGACAUGCGCAACGACGUUCAGGCCAUCUUCCGUGCUACUCCCCAGCACAAGCAGGUCAUGAUGUUUUCAGCCACCCUCAACAAGGAGGUCCGCGUUGUCUGCAAGAAGUUCAUGCAGAACCCUCUCGAGAUCUACGUCGACGACGAGAAGAAGUUGACGCUCCACGGUCUCCAACAAUACUACAUGAAGCUCGAUGAGAAGGAGAAGAACCGCAAGCUCAACGACCUUCUUGACAGCUUGGAGUUCAACCAGGUCAUCAUCUUCGUCCGCUCAACUCUGCGCUGCUCUGAGCUCGACAAGCUUCUCCGCGAGUGCAACUUCCCCAGCACUGCUGUCCACUCCGGUAUCAGCCAAGAAGAGCGUAUCAAGCGCUACAAGGAGUUCAAGGAGUUCCAGACCCGUAUCUGUGUUUCUACUGACAUCUUUGGUCGUGGUAUCGAUGUCGAGCGUAUCAACGUCGCCAUCAACUACGACAUGCCCGACAAGGCCGAUGCUUAUCUUCACCGUGUCGGUCGUGCCGGACGUUUCGGAACCAAGGGUCUGUCUAUCUCAUUCGUGAGCAGCCCUGACGACGAGGCCGUCCUCAAGUCAAUCGAGGAGCGCUUCCAGGUUGAGCUUCCUGAGUUCCCCGAGGAUGGUGUCAACUCCGCCACCUACAUGGACAACUAG